UUCUGUCGUCCGUACCGGUCGGAUGUGUUACGCGGACGGUUCGGUUGCCUGUUCGUGGCGUAGCGAAGCAUACCGGCAGCGGACUUCUUAGGGAUAAGGACCAAAAUCAGCCUCCGUUCGACUAUCCGUGUACGACUACGCAGCGUCGUUGGUCGUGUGAAAACGCGUCCGCGUGUUUCAUAUUGUGUGUGUGUGUGUGUUUUGAGAAAGAAUCCUGUAGAUUACCACCUGCUGUCCGUCCGGAUCUGUUUUGUGGAAGGGAACGACAAUCUGCGUGUGUAUGUCUCUGUGUACUUGUGUGAAUAAGACGCGCGUGCCAGUGUUCCUUUCAUCUGCCAGUCGGUUACAGCAUCCUGCAGGGGAGGAUAUGUUGCUUCCCUGAUUGUUUUGUUGAGAGGCCACCGUUCGAGUCAGUGAGAAUUUCCGUUACCAUUGUCAAGUGGCAGGGGGGUUCUGGACCUUCCAUCCUUAAGGUCCUUGGAGGGUUUUCUUUUUGGCGAAGCGAGAAGCUAUCUGCCAGAGUGUUGUGAUGAUGGUGUUGCGAUUUAGUGGCAGGGAGUCGAUAGACGUGCCUGUAUGAAGGACACGACGACGUCCCUUCUUCCUGGAAGUGUAAAAUGCUAGUGUUGUGCGGGUGAAUUUGUAGUGAAAGCACAAGCAACAAGGCAAAAGCAAGAAUGUUGGUGAUGUGGUGCAAUUCAAUUGAUGCCGACGAGUGUUUGGUGCCACGCAGCAUUCUCCAACAUGGCAACCACCGGUCAGGAUGGCAGCGUGUUUAUCGAGCCAUUGGAAGAAUUUCGCUAGCUCACCAGUGUUCGGGUGUUUAAAGUUGGGGAAACGAAAGUAUCGUAAAGAUUUCAAUUACUGGAAGAAAGUGCAAACGUUAACUUAAUCAUACGUGCCGUACCUCGGACGUACUAUUUAUUUAAUUUAUUGCAACUAUUUAUGAAAGCAUCACGCGCGUCAACCGUUCAAAGUCAAAGUGCUUCAGAGUGCAAGUCUCAAGAAUAGGUGAAGCAAAACAGCAGCAACAGUAUGGCUACCGAAGGUCGCACAGCUCCUGCCGGAAGUGCUCAAGGAGCAGUAGUUGCCCGAUGGUGGUGGCAUUCAUUGUCGGGCAGGCUUCGGUUACUGAUGCUACCGAUUGUGCUCGGCUGGUGCGGAACGUUGGUGUACGGUGCGAUGGAGGAGAUGAUGAUAGCACCGAUAGAAGUAAUCGAGGAAUGGGGCUGCUACGACACCGAAAUACGGCUAACGUGUGGGAAUCUCGAGUCAAAAAUAGCGAUCCUUGAGGCACGGUUCACCCCACGGUGCAUGGAGGAGCGUUCCGAGAACUGCGUCUACAUGGACGAGCACAGUGUUGCCCACCCUUUCGCUUCCCAGAAGGUGGACAAGCUGGUACUGGAGGAAACGGAAGCCGGACGACGGUUUCUGGCCACACUGCGACGAAACCACGAACGAGAGCUGGACGCUGCAGGGGUGGAUGGACCCGGCACCCAGGAGCUGACAGCCGGCGAAGCAGUACAUCGUCGGCAGGGCGCUACAAUGGUGGCCGCCCGUUCGUUGGCCAAAGACAAGCGUAGCUCACUGCGGGCAACGCUCGAGCACCUGAUAGUGCGCUAUCUGCGCCGGCUAACCAGCGACGAUGAUGGGGACGGUGACGAUGGAGACGAGCCCGGUGGGUACGAGGUGGCCGCACGCUACCGAAGACAAUCGCUUCCGGCGACCGGGUCCUCCGGCGUGGUGGGAAUCUCGGCAGAACCGGCGAGCACGAGCUCCUCCACCUCGCCAGGAUUCUCCAACUCGAUGGAAAUUACACUGCUCACCAACGAUACGGACACGAAUCUUACUGAGUCGUGGGAAGACGGCGGAAGCCGGGAGAAGGAGGAGGAGGAGGAACGGUGGAACGUGCCACCGGACAGCUCUCUGACAGCCGGUGCGAUGGAGCCUCAAGCAUCGGAUGCUGCAGCAGGAUAUGGUUCUUCCGGUCCGCUGGUUGCUGGGCUGCUGGUGGGCACGCGGGAAGGGCCGGGCGAUGUGAUGAGUGUCAGUGAGGGAGAACGGGGCACUGGUGAUGGUGGUGAUGGUGGUGAUAGUGCCGCUGCUAAUGGGGAUAGUGUGUUUCGCGAUAAUGGCGAUGAGGUGGAAUAUAAUCUUCCGAUCGGUGGCAGUGUGCCAACAGUGUACGAAGCCGACGGUCAGCAGAUGGGUGAGCUGCGCAAGCAGCGAAAGCAGCAGAAACCGAAACAGCAGCGCGGUGAGUGUGAUAGUGUGCGGAAGCGGGUAUCGCAGCUGGACCGUUUCGAGCUGGAACUGUCGAUGCGGAAUGGCUCCUUCCGGGAGUACAACAUCCGGAAUGCACUCAACUACCGGUGUUCCGGGAAGAACCACUGCAGCUUCAUCUUCUCGCAGGAUCACCCGUUCGCCGUCGUCUGGAAGGAAGGCACGGUGCGCAUCAAGUACAUCUGCAUGGACGACUUCCGUAUCAGUAAGUACUGCGGCGAGCAUCUGAUCGUUGGCAACGAGGUCCACUGGGAACCGCUGGACGGUGACAGCGACGAGGACUCGACCGACGACGAUGAAGAGACAGCCGGAAGUACGGGAUCCUCCUGGCGGCAACGAACGCCACCGACCGAUGGUAUCGCUAAUGGAUCCGCUAAUGAUGUACCCGACGAGCAACCUUCCGGCCGCGAUCCGAACGAGGGCGGCGAAGAUUUGCGGGACGAAUCUUUGGUGACGCUCCAAGAACGCCAUUAUGCUGCUGCCGGAUCGCCGUACCGUCGACUGGUCCGGGCCGGUGCAGUGGGAGAACCCCGGGCCGAAGCGCUACAGGCGGCCACAGUUCAUUCGUUUCACAAUUUGAAAAUUCUCAAACCGGUCGACGACGAGGAAGAGGCGGCACUGGAGCGACACCAGCAACAAAAGCAUUCACAGCAGCAGUCGCAGCAGCAGUCGGCUCGGCAGCACCAGCAACAACCGCACAACGAGACGGACAUGGAUCGCAAUCAGCAGCAGCAGGAGGCCGAAGCGGCAACCCGCAACCGGAACCGCCAACGGCAGAAAGUUUUCUCCCAGGACUUUCGUGUGCUCAAAAUUCUACCCUCCAAUCUGGACGUGGUGGAGGACAUCAAGCAGAUAGGCAACGAGUACUACUUCAAGAAGGACGUCGAGGUCGUGAUAGACGACAGGGAAAAUGAAAUUGUCGAUAGCGAAAGCGGAAGCAAGACUGCCGAUAACGGUCAACCGGUGGCGGGCACAACGAAUACCACCGGGGACGGCGACAUGACGGAGACGCUAGACAUUGUCGUGUUGCCGGCACCGACGAAGGACAUCGAAAUUUACGACAACGACCUCGUACCAGAUGGCGAAGCGGGUAGUGCACGGCCGGACGACGAUGAUGGCGAUGAUAUCAGUGUAAUUGGUUUGAUAUCGCCAACGCGAACCGCGGCCUCCACUUCGCCCAUGACAACUGCAUCCGGCGGGCUGGAGGGUUCGAGCAGUACACCUAUGCCACCUACCGUGGAAACAACUCUCGGCCACUGGGAUGUGGAUCGGCUCGAUCUUCCCGAACCGGCAGAGGAGGACAAUCGUAGCAGUCUUGCAGUGGACACACCGAACACACCACCACCGUUCAGCUUCAACAAUCGGACAUUCCAGACAAUGCAGGAAACGGUACGGAAAGAGUUCGACGAAAGUCAGGGACCGUACCCACCGGUCGGUAACUAUGACGAGGAGGAAGAUUUCGACGAUGAGGAUGAUGAUGGCGAUGAGGAUGAACGGGGUGGCGAUGCACGAACUUCUGGCCCGUAUGGGCGGCUCGACAAGUCACACAAAAAGCAUAUGAGCGUGCAACGGACAUUGCUGAAGCAUCCGCUACGGCAAGGGUUCCUCAUGACGCCCAGCUAUCCGAAGUACUACAUCGGGGACAGUACCUGCCGGUGGACGCUCUACGCUGGAGUGCAUCAACGGAUUAAGCUGACCGUACUGGACCUAGCGUUACGCUAUGACGAUGAGUGUCGCGAUUAUCUGCAAGUGGUCGAUCUCAACACCAACCAGACGCUGUUUCACAGCUGCACCGAAAGCAGCCGUCCGAUCGAAAUCGUCAGCAUACAGGAGCGCCUAGAGGUGUCCGUGCGGACGACCACCAAAGUCAUCUAUCCCAAACGGGGUGUGCUGGUACAUUACACAGCGCUAGGCUGCGAACUACCGUCACCAACGCCCGGGCACAUGCGACUGGUGCGUCGAACCGAACAUCGCGUCAAGUACGUCUGUGAUCCAUUGCACGUGUUUCCCGACACCGGGGAAAGUGUUCGCGAGCUAAUCUGCACGGCCAAGCACACCUGGAAUCGGCCACUUCCGGCCUGCAUAGAAAAAAGAGCUACCGAAGGAAGCGGUCUAGUGUCGCAUUACGAACAGAAGCGAAGGUACGGCGAUACGGACAACAUGUCGGAUAAGCAGGCGGACACUGUUUACGAUAUUCUCAUUCCCUCGCUCAUCAUAGCGGGCCUGUUUGUUGUUAAUGGCAUCGUGUUUGCGGUCAUUAUGCGGUACCGCAACAAGCGAAAGCAACGCCUUGAUCUAGAGAGUAAGGAACUGGCCGAACUGUAAAAGUGUGUGCCCCCAUCCCUUUGUCCUCCCAAACGUACAUCCUCCAUUUCUGAAUAAGUUGAAGUGUUCGCAAGUGUUCACAAGAACCACCCGGGAACCAUCAUCAUUAUACAGGAUGCUGUUGCUGUUACUAGGCAACGAGCAGCAGAAGCAGCAGCAGUAGUAACCCAGCGCCAACUCACGUUAACACAUUAUCACGUUUAAUCUUUCCAUCGAUCAUGCCAUCAGUGUUUUUUUCUUUUGGUUCGGUUAGAGCGGAGAAGCAACCCGUUUCUCUUUGUUUCACAUCCCAUUAGUUAUGUUACUUUGUAUUGACAAAAGUUAAAAAAAAGUGUAAUUUAUCUACACACUUCUGUUCAGCACGCGAGUGAAACCAAAGCUCUGCUGCAACGCAUCAAACGUCCCUGCGUCCAGCUAUCGAAGGAAGGAAGGAAUUGUGGAGAAGGAUGCUUGAAUCUUGAUAGAGAGAGAGAGAGAGAGGCAAGCUGUUGUUUGUGUAGCGCUGCCGAUUGAACAAACUCACACGCAAUUGAUAAAGAAACAGAGCCGUUCGAACAAUAUAUUGUGCACAACACAGAAAUCUUUUACUCUGCACGCUUUUACAAGCUUUUUUCCCUGGCCCCUGCCACCAGGCGACCAGUUUACAUCCCCUAAUGUUAUGCAGCAAGGAUGGGCAAAUGUACAGGAAUAUUGAAAGUGAAACGAGUGGAGUGGAGAAGCAAUGGAAAUUAGCUUAAACAAUGAGAAGAAUUAUUGAUUGGAAGCAAACCGAGAAAAAAAAAACGAACAACGGAGAAGGAAAACACCCGACGCAAGACUGGAUUUGGAUGGGGGGACGAAUGUCGACGGAAUUGGAAGGCGUGAAACCAUAUGAAGCCCUGUAUGUCGCUUAGUUUUCUGAGACAGAGACGGAAGAUUGCUAUUACUUUAGGAUGUGCGAGAACAAGCACGGAAUCACGGAAAAGUCUCGCUACGUUCACACACAUACACACACUCAGAACUCAAUUAACUGCAGAACGAAGGAGCAGAUUGUACAUUUAAAGAAAAUGCCCAUUAACUAAACUGGAACCACCGCUAGUAAUCGCGCUAAUCGAUGACGACGACGGAACGGAACAAUUGCUAUGCCAAAGAUUAGUUUAAAGAAAGGAAACCCGGGCUUCACCGUGAAAGCGUCAUCGCUGGUUGUAACGAAAGCUUUCCCAGCAGCAGCAGCACAUUAGUUCGAUCUAUCUAUUCUAACUAUCUCACCUGCAAACUUACGACGUUCAGAGUCUAUAUCUAAAACUAAGGUGGACCAAACACCCUUCCGCGUUGCUUGCUUUGCUUUCACCCGAAUUUUCCUUUCCGCCGCCUGGUAGCACUCAUUUCCAAUCUGCGGGACUUGAAAAAUCGUCUGCGGGAAAAAAUAACAAAAUGGCGGCCACAAUUGCUAAUGCAUAUCAUAUACAUAUGAUUCUUCCGGCUUAUAUUAUGCGCGACACAACACGGUAUGUGAUAGUGGGGGGGGAGAAACAGGCCAGCUCGUUCUCACACACACACACAGCAUAAAUAUAAAAUAUAAAAAAAAUAAAUGAAUAUUUUGCUAUACACUGCAUUUAUCUUUCCUUGAAACCCCAACGAAACCACCCCGCCCCGUACAAUCCGGAUUCGGUGCAAAACGAAAAAGGGUUUAGCAUGCGUGCUAUUAUUAGUCCAGGUGUCCGCCGACCGAUGAUGGAAUGCUAUAAACAAUGCUGUCGGGUUGCAGAAGCGAACCCUUUGCCCACAUUGUAGUUGAAUUUACUACCAAUUGCGAUUUAAACACUUUUACGCCGCUACGCCAAAAAGCGCAA